UGGCAUUCUUUCUUGUCCAUCCUCAUUGCCCAAUAAAAAUCCCAUCAAAAGUUUGAGUUUGUGAGGACAAGUAUUCUGUAAAUAAUUAAUUUUAUCUCUUGUUUGUUGUUUUGGAUUUUCCUCUUUUCUUUCGUCCGAAACAAGUAGAGAAAUCGAGGAUUGAAGGGCUCUCUCUUGAAUUGGAUUGAAACCACCUCUCUGGUUUCCUUCAACCAUUCUCUACAAAUGUGUUGUUUAUACAUAAAAUCCCAUUUGAAGUAUUAGAACCUUUUGAUUUCUUCUUUCUUUUCCUCUCCCACCAUUUUCUUCUCAUCGUUCCGACUCACCAAGAUGGAUAGAUAGCGGGGACAAGAAGUUUCGGCACGAAUUUGCUUUCUUCUCGCCAGGUACACGAUUUUUAUCCAUUUUUUCAAUUGGGAUUCUAGGGAUUUCGCAACUAUGUAAAUGAUUUGUGAUUAUGUGUCGAUAUAAUUCAUGCAAAGAUAUUCAUGUUCAUUUCUAAGUUUGAUCAUUUCAUCCUUAUGUGUAUCGAAUGCCAUCAGUUUUCUAUCUUUUUUUUUUGUCGUUUGUCCUUCUGAAUCUUGGUUGAAUAGCCGAUAUUGCUCAUAAUCUUUGUGGGAUGUGAACAUUUUCGUAGUUUUUGGUAUUUGCUCAACAGGGCAAGCUCUUUUUUCGUCUAGUUUGGAAUAGAUUUUUCAUGCAAUUUCCCCCUCUUGAAUGUUAAACUAGUUGUUGAAAUUCAAAUCAUGGUUGAUCUUUAAUAUGAGGAUUGGUUGUUUCAUUUCUUUUUGGCAUCAGGAAAAAAUAUAGAAUUGUUGUUUGUUGUCUUUGCCAUGGUAGUUAUUGAACUAGCGUUGUGAUGUGGGUUGAAACCUUAAUUUUGUAGUUUUGAAGGCAUUUUCUGAUUGAAUCGACAUAAAAACAUGGCACAAGGGAAGUAUGCUAGGAUAGACAACAACAGAAGACAACAGCCACCAUCAAACAACUACUGCUCGACAGUGACAAUUGUGGUGUUUGUAGCCCUAUGUUUGGUCGGUGUGUGGAUGAUGACAUCAUCAUCCAUUGUUCCUGGUCAAAAUGUAGACAUGCCCAUUCCAAAAACGGGCAAGAACGAUGUGAAAGAUCAAGUGACCGAUAGCUCCAUAAAUAGUACUGCUAAAAAAGUAGACAAUAACCAAGGUGGUCUGUCUGAGGAUGUAAAGAAAGCAUCGGAAGAUACAAGGAAUCCACAUGAAUUUGACUAUGUUGACGUACAUAAAGAUCAAAAGGAGAAGAAACCGGAAGAAACUUAUCAACAUAAGUAUGAUAAGAAGCCAUCAAAGAUGCCUGAACCAAAACUUGACGAGAAACCUGAAGAGAAACCAAAAGAAAAGCCUAUUGAAGAGACAACAACAAGUAGUGAGGCACAAGCUGAGAACAAAGAUGUGACUGUAAGGCAUGCUGACGGACAAGUAAACCAAGUGGGUGGAGAGACAAAAUCUAAUGAUGGUCAAGCCAAUAUUGUGGGGCAAGGAGACUUAAAUGAGAAUACCUCAGAGGAAGAUAAGUCUAGUUUGUAUCAGAAUAAGAGGAAACAUGAUUUGGCAGAUAGCAUUAAGGCAUCAAAUGAUAAAACUGGCGAGUCGGAAGUUGAAAAAGUGAAUGAAAGCCAAGUUGUGGAGAAAGGGGCUAAAAAAGAUAACAAUGAAGUCAGUAAUCAAAGUCCAGGUGAACAAUUUCCCUCAGGGGCUCAGGCUGAGCUUACAAAUGAAACAUCAACUGAAAAUGGGUCAUGGUCAACUCAAGCAGUGGAAUCAAAGAAUGAGAAGGAUACUCAAGAAUCUGCUAAAGAGUUAGUGGUAUACAAUUGGAAAUCGUGCAAUAGCACUGCUGGGCCGGACUUCAUUCCUUGUCUAGAUAACUGGAGAGCUAUUAAGAAUCUUAGAUCUACUAUGCAUUAUGAACAUAGAGAACGCCAUUGUCCUGAAGAACCUCCAACCUGUCUAGUUCCACUUCCAGAAGGUUAUAGACGUCCAAUUAAGUGGCCAAAUAGUAGGAAAAAGAUUUGGUACUCUAACGUACCUCACACUGAACUUGUUGAGUACAAGGGGCAUCAAAACUGGGUGAAAGUUGUUGGUCGAUACCUUGUUUUCCCUGGUGGCGGAACUCAGUUCAAACAUGGCGCUCUACACUACAUCGACUUUAUAAAUGAGAAUGUACCUGACAUUGCAUGGGGAAAACACAGUCGUGUAAUCUUGGAUGUUGGAUGUGGUGUUGCCAGUUUUGGAGGGUUUCUCUUCGACAGAGAUGUCUUGGCAAUGUCGUUGGCCCCUAAAGAUGAGCAUGAAGCUCAAGUACAAUUUGCUCUCGAAAGAGGAAUCCCUGCUAUAUCUGCUGUCAUGGGCACACUCAGACUUCCCUUCCCAGGCAAAGUAUUUGAUGUUGUACACUGUGCACGUUGUAGGGUGCCGUGGCAUAUUGAAGGUGGUAAACUUCUUCUGGAGUUGAAUCGGUUAUUGAGGCCAGGCGGGUACUUUGUGUGGUCUGCUACUCCUGUAUAUCAAAAGAAACCCGAAGACAAAGAAAUCUGGAAAGCUAUGAGCAAACUAUUGGAGACAAUGUGUUGGGAGCUUGUGACUAGAGUUAGGGAUAGACUCAAUGGAGUCGGCCUAGCUAUUUACAAAAAGCCAAUGAACAACUCAUGUUAUGAAAAGAGAUCAGUGCAAGACCCUCCAAUGUGUGAGGCAUCGGAUGAUGCUAAUGCGGCUUGGAAUGUGCCUUUACAAACAUGCAUGCAUAAGGUACCAAUAGAUUCCCUACAACGUGGGUCACGAUGGCCUGAGCAGUGGCCAGCUAGGUUGGACAAAACCCCAUAUUGGAUGUUGGGUUCUGAAAUGGGAGUUUACGGCAAACCACAACCAGAAGACUUUGUUGCUGAUUAUGAGCACUGGAAGCGAGUCGUCUCCAAAUCAUAUAUCAAUGGAAUGGGCAUAAACUGGGCAACCGUUAGGAAUGUUAUGGACAUGAGAGCUAUAUACGGCGGGUUUGCAGCUGCUUUGAAGGAUAUGAAUGUGUGGGUGAUGAAUGUCGUCCCAAUUGACUCUCCAGAUGUUCUUCCUGCUAUCUAUGAACGUGGACUCUUUGGAAUUUACCAUGAUUGGUGCCAGUCGUUCAGCACAUACCCUAGAUCAUAUGAUCUUAUGCAUGCUGAUCAUCUCUUCUCCAUGAUCAAGCAGAAGUGCAAGAUAGUUCCUCUAGUGGUGGAAGUUGACCGAAUCCUGAGACCGGAAGGAAAGUUAAUCGUGCGAGACACUGCUGAGGUCGUGAGCGAGCUAGAGAGCAUCCUAAGGUCGAUGCAGUGGGAGAUCCGAAUGACUUACAACAAGGACAACGAAGGGUUGCUUUCCGCCCAGAAGACACUGUGGCGGCCAAAGGAAUUCGAAACGCUAGAUUAUGGUAUGAUGACCUGACUUAUAUGGAGCUCCUUCCCUACUAAUUUUGUAAUUUGAAGGUUAGAGUGCGCCCUUAUUACCUAUAGGUUCUUGGAACUCCUAUAUUUUUUGUACUAAAAUCCGUUGCAAUCGGGUUUUCUUCCUGAAGGGUGUAAGGCAACAGUUAGCAAAGCUAGCCUAGUUCACUAGGCCCCAACCUAAGUUUUUUCCUAGCUUGUUGCUUGUUGUAUAUAUCUGAAGUAGAAUUGAGUGUUUUUUUGUAAGUCACUACUAUGUAACAUGGCAUUGGCCACCUAAUACAAGAGGGAGAUAUAGUUAUUUUCACAUGUAUAAUUUGCUUACUUGGGAAAUGUAUCUUUCCGGUUUACAAAAGGAGUAAUAGUGUUUGAUGUCCCUGAACUAUGGUUCCAUGCUUACCUUGAAGAUUAGCCUACCCAUGACUCCCUAUACCGCCUGGUGCUCAUCAGCUGAGGUUCCACAAUGACUAGUAUUCCAUUGCCCAUGGCGUGUUACAAGGGUGGUGCUUAAAAUUCUUUUGACGAUUUGUGACGACAUAGUUAGAAUCCUUUGUUAAUCAGUAGUCACGACUAAAGAUAAGGAUUUACU